GGGGAAAGAGGAAGCCCCAUGUAUUUGUCUUCUAAGGCAGGAUGACGACGACUCCUGCUGCGCGCACACUCUACAUUAGUUUGGGGGAUUUGCCAGGUGCCAGGUCUCUCGGGAUAAGUGUCCCGUCUGUCUCUCUUCGUUGUCUGUCCGUUGGUACGGAUAGCACUCGUGUGUAAGUGAAGUUAUUCAAAUGGGACGGACAAGUGCGGAAUACCCUCGAGUUUUCUCCUCUUUCCCUCCUCCUCCGUUUAAGGUCCUGCGGAACCGGAGAUAUCUCUUCUGCGCCACCUAGUUAGUUCUCUUCGGGGGUUGUUGUGUUAUCUCAUACACCGCUGCGCGCGCCUCCCGAGGCUCGUCCGUUUCGAGAGCCCGACUCCGCUCGCGGGUGAUUUCCCUAUCCGCGCACCACCAUCCCGUGCGAGUCGACUCGCGACCCGGCACUACGGCACUGCAAUCGGCCUGGAGAGUCUGUGGCGACAUGGCUUUGUGGGUUGAUGCACCAGUCGCCGGAACCGCCAAAGCCCCAAGAGGCCCGAGAGCUUGUACGACCUGCGCAAAGGCAAAGAGCAGGUGUAUUGCAGGGCCGAAGGGGCAGGAGAAGUGUGAGAGGUGCCACCGGCUCGGGAAGCCAUGCUCUUCACAGACUCCGGCCCCGGCGCGGAAGCGAAAAAGGCCGAGGACCACCCGGGUAGCAGAACUCGAGCGGCGCCUCGAGGACCUCACCGCCCUCAUCGAGUCCGUCCAGCGGCAGGGCCCAGCAGCCCCGAGCCCGCCGGACUUGGACCAACAUAGUGCCCCUUCUCGUUCCCCGAACCGCUGGGCUGACCGCGUGCACCAUCUGCGGCCGCUUGAUCUAGCCGAAACCGGCGACUCAAUUCGCACCUUUCGCCAAAACUGCUGGGAGAACCCGCUUGGACACAUAUUUCCGAACCACUCCAUAUUCGGUGACGACCUAGAACACCAACAAUCCCCAGCAAGCGGCGUGGUUCCGCCGGCAGCCGCCGCUGUUCUGCCUCGGCCUUCGUCCGGGUAUCCAUCGGCUCAGACGACAGCAGCAAGCUCUAUUGGCUCCUCUACCCACCAGCAACCGCACCCACGGUCGUCUGAGCAACACCGGAGCUGUCCAUGGCCACAGGAUGACGAGGCGGAAGCCUUCCUGCGAGUGUACCGCGAACACUUGAACCAUUUGUUCCCUUUUGUCAUUGUUCCGCCGCACCUGUCGUCGGCUGAGUUGUGGAAACAGAGGCCAUUCCUCUGGAAAGUGGUCAUGAUGGGAGCGUGCCGGUCUGACGGGCGACGGCAAGCUGCGCUGGGGAACGAAUUGUUGAGGGAGGUCACCGAGACUGCAUUUAUGCGGCCGCGGAAGAAUCUCGAUCUGCUACAGGGCUUGCAGAUGCUGAUUGCUUGGUACCAUUAUAAUCUCGACAGCUUCCAGAUGAUGAACCUCCUGUUUCUCACAAUGUCAAUAACGACAAGCCUGGGUGCCGUCGAAACGAAAGAGAUCCCAGACAAAGAAGGAUACAGCUCGGAGAGCCUGGAGCAAAUGCGUGCGUUUGCCGGGACUUACUAUCUCGUGACUGUAACCUUCACCACCAACAAGCGCCCGGACGCACUCAUGAACAACGCAAACGCCGCAUAUCUAGCGACGUGCUGCCGGGCUCUCCUGAGCCAGAUGGAGUACCCCACUGACGAGCUCGUCGUUCACCUCGUCCGCGCACAGAAGCUGUUGCAGGGCAUUUCGCAAGGUUUCGCUCAGCGCAAGGCUGCGCCAAACGAGAAGCGAGUGCCACAGGUACACUUCAUUCAUGGCUUGCGAGAACGUAUCCGAGGAGUUGCCUCUGCGCUGCCGCCCCAUAUCAGGGCCAACCCGACGUUAAGAGGCCACUUCCUCGUAGCCGAAAUCCUGAUCUAUGAAAACAGCCUGGAGGAGCUCUACCAUUGUCCGUUUCUCCGCCAGUCACGCGAGGCGGGACCGAUACCUUUCUCGCCCGCGCGGAGGACCGAGGAUGUCUCGGAGCGAGUUGCUAUGUUAUGGGACUGUGCCCAUCUCGUACACGCUUUCCUGGAAAACCGUCUUCCGGAUGAGAAGACCAAUAAGUUCCCACGUGUUGUCUGCCCAACCUCACCGGACCUGACCUACGUCUUCUUGACAAUGAUCAAGCUGGCGACGGUACAGGUUCCGGGGUGGGACUUGGCGAGGGCGAGAAAAGAGAUGCAAGUUGAUGAGUUCAUGGCUCGAUUAUUGAAGCGAAUGGAGCACGCAGCAGAGAAUCGAAAGAGCGAGACGAAAGGAGGAUUGGCCGACGGCCAGCCAGAGCACGGGCAGGGAGACGACGAGUCCGAGGACCCCUUUGCCAAACUAGCGCGUAAGGUCCGCAACGUGAGGGACCUUCUCCGUGUCCUCGAGUAUCACGACGACUACGCCACCUCGCAGGUAGUACGGGUCUACGAUCCGGCGCCCAUGACGCUGGUCGACGCAACCCAGGACCUGAUGCAGGAUCUUGGAGGCGGUCUGUGGCCUGACCCGACCAGCGGCACGCCCGAUUGGGAUACGUCUGCGGUUGGUGAGGCAAUCGACUGGGUCGCCAUCUUCAACAACUACACCAUGACGGAGUCCUUUAAUAUGGCGUGAAACAGGAAGCAAACGGAGGCAGUGCACUCCGUCCCUAAGGUAGAUCCGGGCGCCGAGCCCUCGGGCAGGGACCAAUGCGUGGUAGUUAGUUUCAAAAGAACCGAGAAAUUGCGAUACAAUCCAAAUCUGUGACUGCUGCCAGAUUUUGAUGUUUUCAAGUGAUG